AUGGCCACAGAAGCAUCCCACUGCCAGGGACGAUGUACUUUGGACGAGCCUGUCACAGAGACCAUCAUGAGAGAUCUCAGGUCGAUUGGAACAAAGCUAAAGUAUGUCAUGCUGCCGAGAGCACGAGCCGACAAAGGCAGCGGCUUGCGAGAGUGGGACCUCUGGGGUCCCCUUGUGCUGUGUCUAGCCCUGGGCAUCAUGCUGUCCAUGCGAGCAGAGCAGGCUAGCUUGGCCUUUGCAUUGGUCUUCGUGAUCGUGUGGGUGGGCUCAGGCAUCGUGACUUUGAAUGCAGUACUUCUCAAAGGCAAGAUUUCCUUCUUUCAAUCAGUUUGCGUCUUGGGCUAUUGCAUCUUCCCGCUGGUCAUAGCUGCUUUCUGCUCCCUGUUGCUUCAGGUGAUAUGGUUAAAGGUCAUUUUCGUUUGCAUAGGCUUCACGUGGGCCACUGGCGCGUCGGUGGCCUUCAUGUCUGAGCUGCUGCCUGAAGAUCGAAAGGUCUUGGGAGUCUAUCCAGUCUGGUUAUUCUACGUUGCCAUUGCUUGGCUCAUAUUGAUCUCGUGA